AUGAAUCUCCAACAAUUCAGCCCUGAUUCCCUCACUCUGACGCAAGCCAAAUCCUCAACCAAAUCCUCUCGGCUCUCGAAAAAACAGCGCGACCGAUGCAAGCGUGAUAUUUGGACGACAGUCAGUGUUGGUGGAAAGGAACUUGUCAUCCGCGACGUUUGUGCAAAAAUCGCUGCACAUGUCAAAAAUUUCACAGACGUGGUUGAUAUUGCAGUCCAAUAUGAUCCGGUUCAUGCCGCAUUACCAUGGGCGGGCGUGCGAUUUUUGCUGCAGUUGACCUUUUCAAGCUUCGAGGCAUUCGGGGCCAUUGUUGAGGGUCUUGAAAAAGCGACGCGAUUGAUAGCCCGAUGUGGGAUUCUUGAAGCCCUGAUGGCCAGGUACGACAAGGGAAUCACUGAUGCAAAGAAGAAUCUGGAGCAGGAAUUAGUCAAUCUUUAUUCCUCCGUGUUGGGAUUUCUUUGCAAGGCUAGGAAGCAUCAUGAUGCUUUACGAUUGAAGCGUGCGUUCAACUUGGUUUCGCAACAGUCGUUUCAAGAGUCGAUCCAAGAGAUGGAAGCUGCCGAACGAAAGGUUUGGGCUAUGAAGGGUCUUAUGGAUAGCGAGAGGGUGGAAAGUCUUCAUGAUGAUAUUUCGACAAUGUUUGUAACAUUGACCUCUGCUGCUAAUGGCGUUGACAAUCUAAAAGCACGGCUUGAUGACGCAUUUGACGAUCUCGAUAAACCCCUGGUCAGAAUUGGAGACCAGGUAACCGACCUGCAUGGUGCCUUUAAAGAGAAUCAAAGAAGUGAUCUUCCCCAAUGGAUUUCGACUAUUCCUGUACAUCAGCACUACAGAGAGGCACUGACGACUAUACUGCCCGGAUCGAGUGAAUGGCUUCUGAAGAAUCCGGGAUUUGGGAGCUGGAGAGAUUUGAGUAGCUCUGAGACCUUCUGGUCAUAUGGGAUAUGUAUCCAGCGGGAUGCGGGAAGACGAAACUGGCAAGCGUACGAAAAGAGGGAAAAGGAACCUGGCCAGAUUGGAGAAAAACCAGCACCGCUAACGGUUGAGGAAUGCGUCGACGUCAUUUGUGAAGUUGGCCGGACAACUCCAUUCACAAUUGUAAUUGAUGGGUUGGAUGAAUGCAACUCUCAACAGCGAAAAGCUCUUCUCGGAUCUUUGAAAGGAAUCCGACAGCGGUGUCGAGAUGUUGUCAAAACUUUUGUGUCGAGUCGACAGGAGAGGGACAUUACGGUCUACUUUGAGAAAGGAGAGACCCUAGAAGUGACCCCACAGUUGAACGAUGGGGACCUAGAGCAGUUUGUGAAGUCUCGGGUUGAAGACUUCAUUAAAAAGUGUUAUUUCAUACAUAAUGACUCGGCGCAAGAUCUACAAAAACUUGAGAAAGACAUAACGGAGAAGCUUUUGAAGGAUUCUUAA